UCCAGCGAGGAAUUGCGAGCGGGAUACUCUGGAGCAGUGGAGGCAGGACGGGGAGCCAAAGUACCGUACUUCUGACAAAGGAUUUCCUCACCACCUCAUAACAGAACGGUCCACGCGGACAGGCUAGCGGCUAGACUCUUGCCUCGCCACGAGUCGAGUCUGCUACUUGUAGCGGCGCCUCUUCGCACGCAGCCGGGCUCCGUGGUCACUGGAGUGUGGCGGACUGGCCGGGAUAUGACAGAGAAAAACGGGACGCACUGAACGCGGACAAAAGAGGGGGGAGCGACCUAUUGUUGCAAUGACGGAUUCACAGCUGCCAAACAACAAAGUAACCCGUGGACGAUAACUUCAGUAUUUCGUCUUUUGUUGGGGUUUCCUUGGUGAUGCUUUAACAAAAACACAUCUGCACAAAACCACUGAGGAUCUAAUGUGGCACAUAUUGUUUGCAAACCGUCUGAUCAGAGGAUACGUUUCGGAAUUUUGGAUGGGUGUUUGAACCUUCGACGAAGACGGAAAACAGGGGGUCACACUGAAAAGGAAAGCACGGAUGGUAUAACAGUGAACAGAACUGGAAUCGCGGAGUGGUCAGACUGACAUCGAAAGUGCUCUUAGGAAAAUGGGAAAAGGAGCUUCGUCUGAGCAGUAAACAUGCAUCCCCAGCAAAGAGAAAGAGAGCAGCCGCUGUUCAGUGCCAAGGCGCACGUCUUCCAGAUCGACCCGGUCACCAAGCGGAACUGGAUCCCGGCCAGCAAGCAUGCCGUCACCGUCUCCUUCUUCUACGACGCCAACCGCACCGUCUACCGCAUCAUCAGCGUCGGGGGAACCAAGGCCAUCAUCAACAGCACCAUCACCCCCAACAUGACGUUCACCAAGACGUCUCAGAAGUUUGGCCAGUGGGCCGACAGCCGGGCUAACACUGUCUACGGCCUGGGAUUCGGGACAGAACAGCAACUACAGCAGUUUGCAGAACAGUUCAAAGAGAUGAGGGAAGCCGCCCGAUUGGCCAGAGAGAAGUCCCAGGAGAAGUUUGAGCUGACCAAUCCCGGCCUCAAUAUCGCCGCCCCGCAGGAUGUGUCUGAGGACCGCCACUCGCCCCCCUUCCUGACGGUGAACGGACCGGACGACAAGCUCUUGCUGAGGAGCAAGAGUGCAGACAUGGAGCUGACGUCAGAGAAGGAACGCAUCAAGAAGAUGCUGUCGGAAGGGUCCAUCUGUGAGAUCAACAUGGAGGCUGAGUUGUUCACGCUGCAGGACAGCAACGCCAAGCUGGUGGCAGCACUACAUGAGGCCAACACCAGCGUGGAGCAGUGGAAGAAGCAGCUCGCAGAGUACCAGGAGGAGACCGAGAGACUACGGGAACAGGUGGCAGAGCUGGAGUGCCAGGUGGGGCGGCCGGCGUCGGUGUCGGAGCCUGGUGAGGCAUUAGGAGAUGGAGGAGGAGAGGAGCAGAGUGGCUCCAACACCAACACUAACGCUGUGGAGCAGCUGCAGGCCCUGCUCAAGGCCAAAGAUGAGGAGAUCCACAAUCUGCAGAGCAAGAAAUCAGACGUCGUCGAUUUGGAGAAGGAACGGGAGGAGGCCAAAGACAGGCUGCAGGAUCUGGAGCAGAAGAAUACGGAGCUGGAGCAGCGCGUGGCGACGGCGGAGGAGACGCUGGCGUGUUCGCGGGACGAGCACGGGCAGGCGGAGGGGGAGGUGCGGCGCAUCAUCACCAUGCUCGACUCCAAGAUCACCGACCUCAACGACAUACGCACCAGCCUGGCCAAACUAGUCGACAAAUAGCACACAUACACACAGGCGCACGCACACACACACAUGCACGCAAGCACACACACAAACACACGGAAAUGACAUCCGGACCAACAUUGCCAAACUUGUCAAUAAAUAGCACCCCCCAUACACACACACACACACCUCCUGGACACAUACACACAUGCUGUACACUCACACACACACAAACAGCACCAAAUCUCAGCCAGAAACUGGGUAGACAAGACAAACAACAUCCGGACCAGCCUGGCCAAAGUCAUCGAUAAAUAACAAACCCACACACACACACCUCCUGAACACACACACAC